UCCUCCCCCUUUGAGUUUGAGUUGCAACAUGACGUGCAGUCCGUCACCUGUCCAAAAGGAAAAUCUCAAAAUCAUCCCUCCAGGUUUAUCACAGGAAAAGCAGUACUACAAAUAAUUAAGAUAGUUUUGAAAGAAAAAAAAAAAUCAAUACCUACCUAAAAUAAAAUCUUUAUCAUCCUCUUUUGAAAAUUUUCCAUCCCAAUGUAGCCGCAAGAUACCUAAAGGAAGCAAAGUCCAUGGCGACGACUCCUUCAAACCCCAAAACCAAAUAGUAGAAUAAAAUCAUAGCACGACCCAAUUCCAAAGAAGUUGAAUAGCAUUACAUACCUUUCACCCACCCUCUUUUUUCCUUCGCCACCAUUAUCCAAAACGCCCCAAUGUCUUACGUUACCAUAUCAUUAAUUACCAGUCAAAAGGAGCAAUCAGCAAGCAUGUACGGUGGCUAUUAUUAAUUAGGACCCAAACCAUCCAAAUUGAAAUUCAAUUCCACCUGAACCCUAAUGACCACUCUCACACACUCCAAUUUCCACCAUGACCUUCUUCUUCUUUUCUAUUUUUUUCUCCUCACAGAAUUUCCGUCGCCGCUCACCGCGCAGCUUCCGGACACGCUAACUCCGCCGUCUCCGCAGCAGCAGGAGGACCGUUUUGCGAGGCUGAAGUUCGACAAAUCCAUGGCCAUCGUUCUGGUGAUCCUCGUGGCGGUGUUCUUCGUCCUAGGGUUCCUCUCCGUGUACACUCGCCAGUGCGCGGAGCGCAGGAUGCGAGGGAGGUUCGACAUCUCCAUCUCCAUCUCGCGCCGGCAACGCGGCCUGGACCGCGAAAUCAUCGAAACGUUCCCAACGUUCGUGUACUCCACCGUAAAGAGCCUCAAGUUAGGGCGCGCCACGCUAGAAUGCGCCGUGUGCCUCAACGAGUUCGAGGAGGUCGAAACGCUGCGUUUCAUCCCAAAUUGCAGCCACGUGUUCCACUCCGAGUGCAUCGACGCGUGGCUCGCCAAUCACUCCACUUGUCCCGUGUGUCGCGCCAAUCUUUUUCCCAAACCUGAUGACCCGUCUUUUGAUCCUAUCCAAAUUCCGGAUCCGGAACAACCCGUUAUAUCAUCACCGACCCGAGCCGAAACUGGGGGCUCUAAUCCUCGUUCUCCGAAUUUGAUUGAUCAGAACCCUACGUCGCGGUCAAGGUCAACGGGUUUUCGUAUCGCGGGGUGGUUUCCGCGGUCUCACUCGACGGGUCACUCGCUGGUUCAACCCGGGGAGAAUUGUGAACGGUUUACGCUGCAUUUGCCUGAGGAAGUGCGGAACCAGCUUAUGCUGAGUCGCACCAAGAGUUGCGGCGUGGGCGUGACGUUCACGCGCGAGAACAGUGAAAGGAGGGGUUAUAGGGCGAGGAGCGUUGGUAGUAGCCUCAGCCCUCACGUGAGGGGGUGGUUUUCUGUGAAGGAUGAUGUCGGGGAAAGGUCUUCGGAUCGGUUAUUCUCCACGUCGACAAGGGAUAGUGAGGUUUAGAUGCUUCCUUUUGGUUUGGUGGGUAAAAGUCAAAUAUCAUUAUUUCACACUUUCACAAUGGCUUUUGCCAUUUUACCAAUUAACCAGCCUUUCUGGCCUGUGCUCCUGUAUAUAAUAUAUACUCUAGUAAUAUUUACAUGUGUAUGGUUUUAGAGUUUGGAAAUUUUGGAGUCUUCUGUUCUGUGUGGAACAAACUACAUAGAUAGUAGGAUUUUGUAAACGUGAAUAAAUUUGAAAAUCUGAAACAUUUACUUAUUUUCUAGUCUUCUU